GAAGGGGUCACCGAGGGAGGAGGCGGCCACGCCACACCACCUCCUCGCCAGCGUCCACCUCCCCGUUCUCCUUCUUCUGCGGAGGCGGCGGGACUCGGGGAGACCAGCUGGGGCGCGGCAGAUCGAUUAUCUUGGGAGCUGCGAGGCAUUGCUCAUCCUGAAGAUCGGGUGACCAUUGACAUCAGCCAUGUCAUCGAGGCCUUUUGAAAGUCCACCUCCUUAUAGACCUGAUGAAUUCAAACCCAACCAUUAUGCACCAAGCAAUGACAUAUAUGGUGGAGAGAUGCAUGUGCGACCAAUGCUGUCUCAGCCAGCGUAUUCUUUCUACCCAGAGGAUGAAAUUCUGCACUUCUACAAGUGGACUUCUCCUCCAGGAGUGAUUCGGAUCCUGUCUAUGCUCAUCAUCGUGAUGUGCAUUGCCAUCUUUGCCUGUGUCGCCUCCACACUGGCCUGGGACAGAAGCUAUGGAUCUUCCUUACUGGGAGGUAGCAUAGGCUACCCGUAUGGAGGAAGUGGCUUUGGUAGCUAUGGCUAUGGUUAUGGCUACAGUUAUGGCUAUGGAGCCUAUACAGAUCCAAGAGCGGCCAAGGGCUUCCUCCUGGCCAUGGCUGCCUUUUGUUUCAUUGCUGCGUUGGCAAUAUUUGUUACCAGCGUUAUAAGAUCUGAAAUGUCUAGAACAAGAAGAUAUUACUUGACGGUGAUAAUUGUGAGUGCCAUCCUGGGCAUCAUGGUGUUUAUUGCCACGAUUGUCUAUAUAAUGGGAGUCAACCCGACUGCCCAGGCUUCUGGGUCUCUCUACAGUGCACAAAUAUAUGCCCUCUGCAACCAGUUCUAUACACCUGCAGCUACUGGACUCUAUGUGGACCAGUAUCUAUAUCACUACUGUGUGGUGGAUCCCCAGGAGGCCAUUGCCAUUAUACUGGGGUUCAUGGUUAUUGUGGCUUUUGCUUUAAUGAUUUUCUUUGCUGUGAAAACUCGAAGAAAGAUGGACCGGUAUGACAAAUCGAACAUUUUGUGGGACAAGGAGCGUGUAUAUGAUGAGCAGCCCCCCAAUGUUGAAGAGUGGGUUAAGAACGUUUCUGCAGGCUCGCAGGACAUGCCUCCUCCCCCUUCUGACUACAUGGAGCAAGUAGACAGCCCCACGGCCUACUCCUCCAAUGGGAAAGUCAACGACAAGCGCCUGUACCCAGAGUCUUCCUACAAAUCAACCCCGGUGCCCGAAGUGGUUCAGGAGCUUCCGGUGACUUCAGCUGUGGACGACGUCAGGCAGCCUCGUUACAGCAGCAGCGGUAACUUCGAAACUCCCUCCAAGAGGGCGCCCACGAAGGGCAGAGCCGGGCGGCCAAAGAGGCCAGAGCAGGACCACUACGAAACGGACUACACAACGGGCGGCGAGUCAUGCGACGAGCUGGAGGAGGACUGGGUCAGGGAAUAUCCACCUAUCACUUCAGAUCAACAAAGACAACUCUACAAGAGAAGUUUUGACACUUGCCUGCAGGAGUACAAGAGCUUACAAGCAGAACUCGACGAGAUCAACAGAGAGCUCUCUCGUCUGGAUAAAGAACUGGAUGACUAUAGAGAAGAAAGCACCGAGUACAUGGCUGCUGCUGAUGAAUACAACAGACUGAAGCAAGUAAAAGGAUCUGCAGAUUACACAAGUAAGAGGAAUUACUGCAAGCAGUUGAAGAGCAAAUUGUCACACAUCAAGAAGAUGGUUGGGGAUUAUGACAGACGGAAGACCUAGGAGGAGAUGCCACACUGUGCAAGACUGAGACUCAGCAGGCAUCUGCAGUGCUGUCAGAGGCAGGUGACUCUGUACUGUGACCAGGAGGCCAGACCUUUGGAUCAUUAGAGUUUGGUAGCUUUAAUAUCAUCAGUAUUGAAGCAUUUGUAAAUAGCUUUUGAUAACCACCUGGGCUGAACACUCCAAUUAAGGAUUUUAUGCUGUAAACACUGGUUCUUGUAUUAAGAGCUAACUGUUGUUGGAGGUUUUUAACCCUUUGAGGAAGGUCCUGGAGUGAACUGUGCUGUGAAAUUCAUGCCCUGGGUGGUCACGUCUUCAUCCCUAGUGCUCCUUAGUUCUCAUGGAUGAUCUCAUUUAAUCCCCCUGCCUCCUCCUUUCUGAUAACUGGUAUUUAUAAUCAUUCCUGUUAGAUAAGGAGACAGCCCUGCAGUGAAGUUUCUGAACUGAAACUGCUGGUCGGCCAGCAUGCCAGUUUGGGUCAAGUCUGUUCCGUGACCCCACUCAUAAGACCCUGGCCUUCUGUAUUUUAGCUACUACAACACUGUAUUCUAUCAACCUCCCUAUUGAUUUUUUUCUGUGUAUAAAUGGUUAAAAGAGCUUUUUGUUGUUUUGUGUUAUCCUGGGAAAAGAUCAUGUAAAAGUAACAAAUUGUGAAAUUUAAAGAUUGUAAAUACAUAUUUACUUUUUAAAUCAAAAUUUAAACCUACUGUUAGAAUUUUGUGUAUUUUUAAAUACUUUCUCAUCUUUUAUGGUUUACGUGCAUUUUUUUCUUAACCAACUAGGCUUUUUCAUUGUAUGAGAGUAUCUGAUUACAUUUAUAAUUCAACUGUGACUUGAACUAUAUCUCACAAGAAUGUUCAAGUUCUGUACAUAUUUUAUAUGGCAUUAAACCUGGUUUUUUCUUCCUAUAAUA